AAUCGAAGCUUAUGCAGCUCUAAACUGCAAUACGCGUCAAGUCAGCAAUUGUUGCUGUUUUUAUUAUGCUGAAAAAGUGCAAAUAAUUUCGCCCGAGUUGGAUUUCGUAAUGUCCUACAGUGUGCGCCAAUAACUGCUAAUAAUCAAUAAUAUUACUCAGUGAAGGUACCACAAAAUGUGAUCUGAAGUUUCCCCCAGCAAAACUUGGAUCAAUUUAUAAUUGGAUAAACAAGGCAAUUCCUACGCUUAUUACUCAUGAAUGCAGCGAGUUGUGCUAAGUGUCUGCCUUCGGAUUUCACAGAUUCUCCCGAGAGCACGUCAGUAGUGACGCGUCUUUGUUGACUUCGUUCCGAUUCACUGAUAAGCCGGAGGGAGGAGCUGGUGAGGCCGCACCCUAAACAAAGGAGAAGACCAGCAGCUGCGGCAGCAUAAUGCCGAUACUAUACAGCGUUAUAUCGCGGGGCAGCACGGUGCUGGCCAAGUUCGCGGAGUGCGUCGGUAACUUUGCCGAAGUGACGGAGCACAUCAUCGGCCGCAUUGGGGUCCAUAACCACAAGAUGACAUACAACCACGGCGAGUACCAGAUCCACUACACCUGCGAGAACAAGCUGGUCUACAUGUGCAUCACCGACAACGAGUUCGAGCGCUCUCGGGCCUUCCUCUUCUUGGCGGAUGUCAAGCAGAAGUUCAUCCAGACAUACGGCCUACAGGUGGCCACGGCCAUCGCCUAUGCCAUGAACACCGAAUUCUCCAAGGUUCUGGCCCAGCAGAUGGUAUACUUCAGUCAGUCGGGGGAAGUGGACACCAUUUCGCGGGUCCACGGGCAGAUAGACGAGCUGAAAGACAUUAUGGUUAAGAAUAUUGACAGCCUGCGUGAUCGCGGCGAGAAACUGGAACUGCUGGUCAACAAAACCGAAAACUUGAGCAAUAAUUCCGUUGCAUUCCGCAAGGCCUCGCGCAACUUGGCGCGGCAAAUGUUUUGGAAGAACAUCCGUAUCUACGUGGUGGUGGGCCUGGUGAUUACCUUCAUCGUCUAUGUGAUCGUGAGCAUGGCCUGUGGCGGUCUCGCCUGGCAGUCCUGCGUCUAAGGGACAUUUGUUUAAAUUGUUAUAAGCCCACAACACGUGUAUAUUUGCAUAUAAAGCUCUACAGUACUCUCAUUAUCUAUGUUCUAUGUAAUAAACGUGAAUGUAUACAGGUUUAAAAGACAA